AACUGUCCCCUUUGCAGCUCUCUGGGCUCACUUUCUCUCCCUUUAGUGAGGAGAUCCUUCAUUUAAUAUUACAUUUCUAUUUCCAAAUCCGCCUUUCAGACAUGAAGAGAAACAAAGAGCAGCCCAAAUAACCGCAACCCCGUGGAGCGCGGGGGGUGAGAGGUUAGCCCGAGUUUCCUGCGACUUCGUGCUGCAACACGUCGUUGAAGGGAAAGGUCGUGCUCUCGUGUGUUUUGUUUUAAAUAAUAUUGACCCAUUCAUUCUCAACCUGCUUGUUCGUGAAAUUAUACAGGAUUAUAACUUUGCCAUCGCCAGACAAUUGAAACAAAUCAAGAUGAAUUGCUGCUCGGCCCUCCCAUCGGCUCACACCCCGGGCGGGCGAGGAGGGGCUGCCGAGAGGGUGGGCAGCCGCAGGAUCCGGCGGGAAUAUCGAGACACGAAGAAAUUCCGCAGGCGCGUAAACUGGCGAGGGGCGCAGGGGACGGCCGGGAGGAAAUUCUACGCGGGGGUCGGUGGAGAGAAAGGAUCUCGGUGCUUGGGACGGGGGGGGAGGCGGGAGGCCCCCCCUUGCUUGUCCGGCCUCGCUGCCUCCCCGACCCAACGCAGCUCCCCUCGGUUUUUCCACACCGUGUCAACACCUCACCCGGGUGAGUGCCAGGGACUGCCAAAAGUGCCCCCUUCCUCCUCCUUCUUCUCUUCCUCUUCCUCACUGGGCUGCGGGCGAAAUGUCUGAGGGUGAUGGCUGCGAAGGGCUGGCAGCCCGGGAGCCCCCCUCGAGGAUCAGGGGAGCCGGAGAAACGAGAGAGCUUUUCUGCCCAAGCCCUCUCGGCGGGACGGGCUUGAAAAUCAGCGAGUGGAUCGCUGCGGGUAUCGGCACGGUAUUUUACACGCUUUUUUCGGCUCUCGUUUCUUCUCGGUGGCUUUGGUUACUUAUAGUCCUCUCUUAUAAAUAUUAAAAAAAUAAAUUUUUUUAUAUAUUUUAUAUAUAUCUAAAAUGUCCGUAUAUAUAUAUGUAGAAUCUGUGUAUGCGUGAAGAAAUAUGAAAUAUUUACUAGUAUACGCAUAUACAUUCAGAAGAAUAAUAUAUAACGAUUCCAGCCCGCCCCCCCCAAAAAAAAAAAAAAGAAUCAGAGUUUUUCACUCUACUGUGUAAUGGCUCAAACGAUGAAAAAUCAACGUGACCGCUCAAAGAGGACAUAAAUCACUCCGAGAGUAAUCUGAAUUUUUUUCUCCCCCUAGCUGAAGCCUUGAGGGUCAUCAUUUUUCUGCGCCACUUGACCAAAGAUAUAAUGUUUUGAUUAGGUCGUAAAUCAAAAUCUUGGGUCGUGGUGGUUUGUUUUUUUUUUUUUUUUUCCUUUCAUUUUUCUUUUUUUUUUUUUUCCGGGGGCUUUCCUUCUCCUUAUCGGCGGUGGCAGUGUGAACCUGGAACAAUGGAGGCCUCAAAGAGGGGGAGAAAAAGCCACAACGAAAUAGGGAAUUUGCAAAAUAUCUAUUUGCAGAAGCGGUGGGGAGAGUGGCCAAACAAGGGACUCACACCCCCUCGCACCCCCCUCGCCCCUCGGAAAGGCCGGUUCAGACCGCCUGCUGCGCGAUCCCCCGCGCAGGGCGUGCGAGCGGGCAGCGCCGUCUGCCUCCCAAUCCACAUCCCAAUCCACAUCCCAAUCCACAGUCCCACUGGCAGUCCCCAGCACCCCCCGGCCGGAGCUGCGGCCGCGGUCGCGGAGCGGCUCCGGCCGGGAGCGCGCCCCUUCCAGCCGGGGCUGGAGGGUCCCCGGGCUCCCUCUCCCCGCGCUGCUGCCCCGGGGCCGUGUCCCGGCCCGGCUCCGGUCUUUUGUUUUCGGUCGGUGUCUUCCCGCACUUUGAACCCCGGCGGCGUGCGCGAGUCCCCGGCCGUCAGAUCGGAGUGCCUCGCCUCGCAAAGGUCAAAAUGACGCUCAGAUACGGAUGUAUCUCCUUUUGAUUAUUGUCUGUGCUUCCCGUUGUACUCUCCUUGCUUUGUUUUUAGUAAGUGCGCUUUCAUCCGCGUGUACUUUCCCAAACCAGCGAUUUACCGAUCUUUACAUACCUGUACAGUUGUUUCUACCUACAAAAUAAAAUAACCUUUU